AAUAAAUAGAGAAGCGAAACCACACACUGAUUGGCUAUCUAAAUCACGUGAUUCAACGCCACAUUGUUUCCAUCCGUGAAUGAAAUGAUCGUUACAGCUUGUCAAUUAUCCGCCAGUUCCAAUAUGUGGCGCCGAAGCCAAUGUUUCACGCGUCAUUUUGCUGCUUUGGCUUCUCCCCCUGGUAUGUUCUUUUUAGCUGCUGAGUCGGUGCAAUAAGUUGGAGCGAAACUAUUUUGUCUUGGUCUAACUUGUUGCACAAGCUAAAAAGAACAGACCGUUGAUAUGCGGAGAAUGAAGAUGGCGGCUUUCGAUAUAUCGCAUCUAUCGACCGCACCUGUCGCUGCUCUAUUUAUCUAGGACAAUAAAUUCGCUCUACACUGGAAAUGGAACAGGAUUGAAGAUGGACUAGUGUCAAGACAUCGAUACAGUUCCGCCGUCGGUCAUGUUGGUAUAUACAUGAGAAUGACACAGGGUUGUCGCACAUCUCGGCCGCGUAAUCGAUAAAACAAAAUGGCCGGCGGUUUCAUCCACGAUUGGAGGAGAGUGACAAAGAGAGAGGGAGAGAAAGAGGUUCGAAGGGGAUAGGACGCGCGCGUCUCAGGGUGGGCGGCACAUUGGCAGUAGUGGUGGUGGCGUCAUUGGCAUCGGAGGAGGCGGUGUAGGAGGAGGAGGAGGUGGAGGUGGUGGUGGUGGCGGCGGCGGUGACAGGCGACGGUGAGCAUAAAGAGGAUAGGAUAAUAUCGGUGCGCGUCCUCCCGUGGAGGUGCCCUUUCGCGGGUCCGAUACACCACACCAGAUUCCCGCAGCCGAUCGGAUAGCGGCCUCUACGAUGUAGUAAUGCCGAAGAAAGGCACGCGACAUGUGAGGGAACCGGCGAACACGAGAGGUAGCGGGCAGCAGUCGCCGCAUCAACAGCACGGGGGCUGCGCCGCGCCGCUGCCCGGUACAGCGGCGGCGACGACGGCUGCUCCGGAAGUGACGACGAAGCACUUUCGCAGCAUACACAUCGGCGUGACGAAUGGCAGACGCUGGCUGUCGUUGAAGAAGCGUCUGGGCCUGACCACGGACGAAGAUGUCGCGGUUUACCUACUGGAUCUCGCGGAGUCCACCGUCAGGCAAGAGGAGAAAUGCAAUGGAGCGGAGGAUUGGAUGGCGAGCCAGGCCAGGGAUCGCGAUGAGGAAGCUCUCAAAAUUAAAACUGCAGAAGAUGAGAAGAAAACGGAGGAAGCGGAGGAAAUGUUCAUUCGCAGGAGCCUGAGGAAGCAGGAGUCUGCGAUCAAAGUGCAUCCCGCCGGUACGAUAAGCGAUGUAUCGUCGGUAGUGCUGGACGACGUGAUCAAGUUGCACGUGCGACGCACCUCCAAGUCGAAGCACCACAAGACGAAGCAUCACAAGGACAAACGCAAGAAGCGGCGGCACUUGAAGAACGGCAGCCCCGUGAACGCCGUGAACGUGCCCACCGACGCACCGGAGCAAAACGCGACAAGCGAGACGGUUGGCGGUGGGUUAGACGCUAAAUUAAAAUUAGGCGUAAAGAGACUCGAUACGAAGGUCGUUGAAGCCGCUACGAUAAAGACUGAGCACGUAGAUAGUAUAAGAUUUAUAAGCGAUGUAAAUAAUACGAGUAACGACAGCGGCAGGUGCAACGUGAAAACCGGUGUGCCCGGCGCGGAGUCCACUAAAGAUACCUUAGAAGAUAUUAGAACUGCUAAGUCACACGCGUCCGCCUUGUCUCAGGAUGACUUCGCCAAGGAAUCAAAGCGCACGGAAGCCGGCACAGAGUCGCAGGAGGAGUCGCACAACGACGAGUCGAAGGAUCGCAAGCUGAAGAGAAGGCGAAAGAAGCCGCGUGAAGGCGCCCAGAUCGACGAAAACGAUCUUUCGGAGGUCGGCGCGGACGAGGCGGAAGGCCGACUCAAACAUCGGCGAAAGAAGCACAAGCAUACGAACGAGCACAAAGCAAAGAAGCACCACGACGUGCGCAGGGCGCCCCAGGACGGUAUCGUCGUCGUGGAGGAGGCCAUUCAGGAGACGCCCGUGCCAGAGACCGAAUCGUCUUCGGCGAGCUCCGUCAAGACCGCCGAAGGUGCUACUGACGAGCCACAGAGAUUGGCCAUCAGGAUCAAGCUCUGCCAGGAGUGCAACAGCCGUCACCUGCAAGACGCCUGUCCGUUGGCUGCGCCGCAGUACACGAUCGCGGAUGCGAUCACCUACGAGGACUGGCUGUGCAGGCAUCAGAAGAACGCAGAGGUCGUGAAGGCUGUGAAGACCAGCGACCCGAUGUCGGAGGGCUACGGCAGGCUGGCGGACGACGGCUUCGAGUCGGACGACGAGCCGCUGCACGGCGAACAGUGCAAGAAGAAGGUGCAGAGAGAGGAGAAACUUCUGGCGGUCGACACGGACCGGCCUUUGUAUGCGAGGGAUUCGUUGCCGGACUGUCUUGAGCUGAGGAUCACCAAUAGCGACCACGGCCUCGGGGUAUACGUGAAGAACUCGGUGCCGAUGUACGCCAAGUUGGGCCCGCUCAUUGGCAUACCGAUCAGAGAAAUGGACAUCCCGGACGACUUCUCCAUGCGUCAUAUCUGGGAGGUAGAUAAUAACGGGAAGAGUGUGUACGUCAGCACUACGGAUCCGCUGAAGAGCAAUUGGAUUCGAUACAUCAGACCAGCUGAGACGAAAGAGAAGAGGAGCGUCGCGGUCAUUACCAAGCAGGGUCAACUGCAUCUUGUUACCACGCAGAACAUCAUAUCGGGUAUGGAGCUCACUUAUUGGGCGGACUCGCAAUCCUUCGCAUGGACGAGAAAAAACAAGAUGGACAAAACGAAUUGCGGAGGAUGUAACCUCAAUUUCUCACACCCGAUUUACUACCGGUUGCACUGUUGCAUCUUCCACGAUACCAAUUACAGUUUGACCAUAAGGAAAUAUCACUGCAAGGUUUGCGGCGCUGCGGUUCUAGGCAAGGAUAACAUCAUGAAACAUGCAGCGGAGUUGCACGCGGGCCGCGGCGCGUACCAAUGUCAAUAUUGCAAGAAGUUCUUCUUGAGGCUUAACUACUUGGAGAUGCAUAGGACCUACGGAUGCGCGCAAAACCCGCAACGAUCGCGACCAUUGUGCGACUUUUGCGGGCGCAAGUUCUGUCAACCGCAGAAACUAAAAGUGCACAUCAAGAGAAUGCACAACGAUAUGGCUGAGGUGCUCAGGGAAUUUCAAUGUAAAUCGUGCUUGAAACUGUUGGGCUCCCGUGCAGCUUUGCAGCGCCAUAUGAAAGAAGUUCAUCAUAAAGACGUCGUCGCCGCAGCGACCUGCGAUCGAUGCGGGAAGAUGUUCCAGAACAAAAGCAACUUGAAAAUACACAUGCUUACGCAUAGCGGCGUAAAACCUUUCAGAUGCAAAGAGAAUGAAUGUACGGCGGCCUUCACCACGAAACAGUGCCUGCAAUUCCACUACAAGAAAGUGCACGGCCUUACGGAGGAGAUGAUGCCCAAAAUUGAGAGAUCCGUGGCGUAUACCUUCGACGCGUACAGUGGUGGCCUCGUCGAGGACAUGCCUUGCGGAAAGACCGCUCAUUCUAACAGAAGAAAUUCACAGCAGGACAACAGCAACAGUUUACCGUCUCUGGACGACUGCAGUUCGGAAAACAGCCUGAAAGUCGAAGUGCCGAUGAACCCAGCUCACAACACGAUCAUAGAAUUCCAAAGUGGUGGUGCGAAUACGGUGAAGUACAAAUCGGAGCAAGAGCUUCAGAUUGCCGUGUCGCCGCAGGCCCUGUCCGCCGACAUCGACGCGACGAUGGAGAACGUGCAACGGACGGCGGAAGUUGAUCUGUACGGCGCGUCCGCGAAGGUGCAGAGCAAGGGCAGCAAGAAGUGGAUGGGUGAAUUCAACCCGCCAGCCUCGUCCGACUUGGUGAGCGCUCAUCUUCCGCCAUCCUCCGACGUGUACGACUUCGAAGACGACAGGAAAGACAGCGGCGAGAAGAAUGCGGCGCGCAUCGUGACGACCGCGCAGACCCUGAUCGACGGCAACAAGCUGAGCUUGAGCGUGUACCGUAGGACGGAGAGCGCGAGCCUCCUGGUCGAAGCGGCCCUGGACGCCGCGGAGAGGGACAUCGGCACGGUGUCCAGCCCGAUUUUGGAGGACAAUGAUCGCGAAACCAACCUGUACACCAUCCCGAACCUGCAGUCGCCGAUACCGCAGCGCUCGCCGAAUCACUUGGACUCGUACAUACAACAGCAGGAGGAGCUGAUGUCGCCCGCGCCGGACGACCGGCACACUCCUCCGAGCCACUUGCACGUGGACUAUCAUCUGCACCGGCCGGUCGACUACAUGAACACCUCGCGGACGCACAACAUCGAGCAGUAUCUGCAUCACGAGGAGCUGCCGCGCGUCUCGUCGCCGAACUAUAUCCACAUGCAGCAGGAGGACCUGGUGUCGCCGUCCGCCACCCCGAAUCCUCGCUAUCAGGACAUGCAUCAUCAUCAUCAGGUACCGACGGACAACCUGUCGAGCGACGAGGGUGACGCGGUGGCGCAGAAUCUCAGCCUCUCCGUGAAGGAAAAGGCAUUGCAGCUGGAUCUGUCGACCUCCUACAAAUCCUACGAUCCGCUCGAUCAAGACUUCAUCCGGGAGAGGUCGAACUUCGAGCCGUUGGUGCUCAACAGUGGCGAGCUCCAGGGUCUCGACAUGUCCGCCCGGAGUUUCCAUCAUAGCUUCGGUGUUCAGAACGCACGCUACCAUCACCAUCAUUUGUACGACAUCGGCGAGCGGCAGAGCGUGGACCUCAGCAGGACCGGCAACUAUUCCAUGUCGCCGCCCCCACCGCCGCCGCCGCCGCCACCACCGCCGCCUUACCCACACGGAGAUGUUCUGAGGGUGGUCAGUCUGGACCUUACGCCUGGCGGCAGGCACAGUGUCGACCUGAGCCUCUCCAGGACUCAUCACUUGCACGGAUCAGGCACCCGCGUCAUCACUAGUCCGCAGUCGGCUGGCUCGGCGACGACGCACGUGGUACCUGACACCGGCGACGGCCGAAUGUUGUCUCCGCCGCCUUUGACUGGAUACAAUCCUAGUUACCCUGUAAGUCCAGCUCCUUAUCAUCCUCCGAGAACAGGAUAUCACCAUUAUCCCGGUUAUUAUUGAUCGUUCUCAAUUCGUUUCACGGCGACUGGUCUCCCCGGCAACAUUUUUCGUUCCGGACGGGUCCUUUCGCGAAUCGCUCCCAGCGACUCUGCAUUGAUUGUCUCAUUGAUCCACGUGUACGCCGCUUCAUUUUACGAUACGCUCGAAUUCCAGAGGGGAACUGCCAUUUUCACGCACGACGUUUGUAAAAUAGCGCAAAAUGAUACUUUAUUCUUUCGAUCGUCUCGCAUGUCAAGUCGGGCGUACGCAGACCGGCAUAAUAUUCUUGACGUUAUCAGGUGUAGAGUUACCAGAAUCUUUCAAUUGCAUGCAACAUACCUGUCGAAUAUUAUCCCACGAAGCGACUAAGAUAUAUCAAAUAUUACGUUUUUUUUUUUUAUAGUUUUAUGGUUUAUGUUAGAGAUGCCACGUUUUCUGAAUAAUAGUCGAAGUAUCGUUGUCGUUUCAUUAAACAGUCACGAUGCACGAAUAUAUCGAAUGAUGUGAAUGGCUGCAGAAUUGCAGAAUGUGAA